UCAUCAGUUCCCGCUCGACCACUGUCGUAAACAACGUGUAGUCAGAAGCUCCAGAGAUGAAAAUCAAGUUCUCAUUGAGACAACUUAAACAGUGCCCAAUUUUCCGCCACCAUGGAAGAAGACGGGGAAAUUAUGGAGCAAGAUGUGAUGAUCUUUGACGACAUCCAACAGAAGCAGACCAUUCUCAACGAUCUCAACAUUCUGCGGAAAAAUGCUCAGUUCUGUGACGUGAUUCUCGAGGUUGAAGGCCAUGAGAUACCUGCCCAUCGCGCCGUGCUCGCAUGUGCGAGCCAGUACCUGUUUGAUCUUUUUCAACAGGAGGAGGGAAAUCAUUUGACGCAUUGCAAGUUACAGGGCCUUGAUUACGAAGUGUUUGAGUAUCUGGUCACAUAUGCUUAUACAGCAAGGUUGGAAGUUGCCGGGGACUUGGUGAAGUCUGUGUACAAGACAGCUACCAUGUUGAAGAUGCAGCGUGCAGCUGAUGCCUGCUCUUGCUACUUGGCUGAGCAUUUAACACCCAUCAAUUGCCUGGGCAUCCGUUGCUGCGCCAUCAGUGAUGACAACUUGAAGCAAAAGGUGGAUAACUACAUCCAGCAGGAGAUCACCGCCAUUACGGAGACAUGCCCUGAGUUUAUCCGCCUUCCUAGAAUUCAAGUGGAUAUCAUAGGUGCCUCUGAACAUGGUCUGCAGAGUAGUAAUGAGAAGCAUCUGUGCCAGUUGGUGCUGGACUGGUUGAAGGACAACGUGGGGCAGACCAAUAAUUUGGAUGCUGUCACUGAUUAUGUCAACAUGCUGUACUUGAACAAUGACAACACCCUUCAUGAUGCCAAAGACCUGGAUGACUACUCCCUGAACAAUGCUGAGAUUAUCCAGGAUUACAAGAAGCUGGCAAAGAAGAGACACAGGUCACCAAAGAACAGUUUCAGCCGUAUUCUGCCCAGUGAGAACACCAACACUACUUACCCAAUGAAAUCACGCAAACAUUCUGGAGGGCGCUUUAGUCCCCAGUUGAUUGCCGAUGAAUGGAAGGUGAUUGCCUCUUUGAAGAAUGGAGAGCAAAGUAUCAUGUGUAUUGCAAUUCUGGACAGCACUGUUGUCAGCAUGUCCCUGCACCUGCUGUCUCGCGACAAUGUCACUCCCGUCGCCACCAAUGGAGAGGUGUCUCCCACGCAUUCACCCAAGGGCUCAAUCUUUGAGAAUUCCAAGUCCCUUACGAUGCUGGCUCCUAUGAGCUCCCCGCGCUGUGGAGUGGGCACUGCUGUUUUGGAUGGGAAGAUUAUCGCCCUCGGUGGCUAUGAUCGUGGCGAGUGUUUGAGGACAGCAGAAAUGUACGACAUGUCCACCAACUCCUGGACUGCCUUGCCAUCCAUGGGGACCCCUAGGGGGCGCUUUGACGUCUCCCAGAUCCAGGGCCGUCUCUACGCCUGUGGGGGAUCCAAUGGACACACUGAGCUGAAGUCAGCCGAGUGCUAUGAUCCCGAGAGUGAGAAAUGGACACCCGUUGCUGAUAUGUUGAAAUGCAAAUCGAGUGCAGGGGUUGCCGUGCUGAAUGACAAGCUGUAUGUGAUUGGUGGAUGGAGUGGGCUGCAGGGGGUCAAAUCAUGUGAGGUUUUCGAUCCAGAGACCAACAAGUGGUCAACUAUUGCGAAACUCAAUGUUGGACGUUCCCAGGCAGCCGUCUGUGCCAUGAAUGGUAAACUGUAUGCUGUUGGAGGCUGCGAUUCCUGGCACUGCCUGAAUAGCGUGGAGGUGUACUCUCCUGAAGAGAACAAGUGGACAAUGGUGGCGCCACUGAGCAUGCCCAGAAGAGGUGCUGGAACCACUGUCUUCAAUGGUAAGCUCUGCGUGGUAGGGGGCAGUGACGGCUGCUCCCCCUCCCUGGCUACAAUGGAGGUUUUUGAUCCAGCGACCAACUCCUGGGCUUUUGGACCCCCCAUGAACGUCUGCCGGGCCAAUGUUGGCGUGGCUGUGUGCGAUAACAAGCUGUACGCCGUCGGGGGAUUCAGCGGGAGCACUUUUCUGGACUCCAUCGAGUACUUGGAUGGAGACACAAACGAGUGGUCAAGUUAUUUACCCAUGAAGGAAGCGGCCAUGGUGAACGGCACUUUUGAAAAACUGGACAGCUGUGCUGGUGAUGCUGAGAAAAGCGUUUCAUAG